UGACAGAUACACAUUCAGUCACAGCAGCAGACAGAGCAUGAGUGUGAGCGCUGUACUACUGAUCCCACACCCAGACCUAUAAACAGCUGAUUCUAGCAGUCUCAAAGCUGGAUCUACUGACAAAUUCUCAAGGACUCUGAUUUCCAUUGGGAUUUCUUUUUUCCUUUGAGGAAUGAGUUGGAAACCUGUGUCUCAAAGAGAAUGGUUUGAAAAGCCUGUUUGGAAAUCAACACAAGCACAUGGAGACUGAUUUGAGCUUUACCACCAUCCUUGAGGACUUCCACCACUGGAAAUCCACCAUUGUGAGGCCCUACGAAGGUGAACAGUGAUCGUCCCAUCAGUACACGGUUCUCCUUUUCAGGGGUUUGAGGAGAAGAAGAAAAAUAAACGAGCCAGGGAAAAGAUCUCCAUGAGCGCCAGAAAAUCUGGAGAGAAAACACAUUGAGACACAAAGAAAAAAAUGUGGACACUAGACAUGACACGUGUCUCGAUCCUAUUUCUCCUCCAUGUUCUUCUGGUUGGAUGGGGUGAAGCAGCAGAAGACGACGUCACCCCUCGCCUCAGUUUCUCUUACAAUGCAAACGAGAGGUCGGCCAAGAGAUUUUCACCCAAUGGAGUCUUCAAUUACACCUCUCUGCUCCUCAGUAAAGAGGAUAACAUGCUGUACGUUGGAGCUCGAGAGACUCUUUUCGCACUCAAUAUCACUGAUAUCAGCAGAACGCAGCUGCAGCGUAAUUUAACAUGGAGCACGCCACAGAAAAAGAGAGAGGAGUGCAGUUUCAAAGGGAAAGAUUUACAGAUUGACUGCUUCAACUACAUCAAGAUUUUACUGCGCGUGAACAGCACUCACCUGUAUGUGUGUGGAACAUAUGCUUUCAGCCCUAUCUGCGCAUACAUCAACACAUCUGAUUUUUCCCUGGUGCGCAAUGAAAUGGGAGAAAUAAUCACUGAAGAUGGUCGUAGCCGGUGCCCUUUCAACCCUGAAUACAAGUCCACGGCCAUCAUCGCGGAUGGAGAACUGUAUGCCGGCACAGUCAGUAACUUCCAAGGGAAUGAACCCAUCAUUUACAAAAGCCUUGGACAGGGCACAGCCUUAAAGACUGAAAACUCACUGAACUGGCUUCAAGACCCCGCUUUUGUAGGCUCAGCCUACAUUCAGGAAAGUUUGCCCAAAGGCAAUGCAGUCGGCGAUGAUGAUAAGAUUUACUUCUUCUUCAGUGAAGCGGGAAAGGAGUUCGAUUUCUUUGACAACACCAUUGUGUCACGCAUUGCUCGCGUGUGUAAGGGUGACAAAGGUGGAGAGAGGGUUCUUCAGAAGAAAUGGACAACUUUUCUGAAAGCGCAGCUCCUUUGUUCACUACCUGACGAUGGGUUCCCUUUCAACAUCAUCCAGGAUAUGUUUGUACUGACCCCCAGCAAAGAGGCCUGGAAGAGCACUGUGUUUUAUGGAGUCUUCACCUCACAAUGGUACAAAGGUGCGUCAGGCAGCUCAGCUGUAUGUGCGUUCACUAUGGACCAGGUCGAAGAGGCGUUUAAUGGACGUUACCGGGAAGUUAAUCGCGAGACGCAGCAGUGGUACACCUACAACCACCCAGUACCAGAACCCAGACCUGGAGCGUGCAUCACCAACGCAGCCCGCACCCAAGGGAUCUCCUCGUCCCUGCACAUGCCUGAUAAAGUGCUGAACUUUGUGAAGGACCACUUCCUCAUGGAUAGCGUGAUCCGCAGCCAGCCUCUGCUUCUCAAACGAAACGUGCGCUACACACAGCUCGCUGUGCACCGAGUACAGGCUCUCCACAACACAUAUGACGUGCUCUUCAUCGGCACAGAUGACGGCAGGAUCCACAAAGCCAUCAACGUCAGGAACAAGAUGUAUAUCAUUGAAGAGCUGGUGAUUUUUCCCGAGCCUCAGUCCGUACAACACAUCGAACUGGAUGAUGAGAAGGGGCUGUUGUUUGUGUCCAGCUAUUCUGGGCUGGUUGAAAUCCCUCUUGCCAACUGCUCCAACUACCAGAGCUGUGGAGAGUGUGUGCUGUCUAGAGAUCCUUACUGUGCCUGGACAGGGAAGAAGUGUUCAAACAUCAAAUAUGCGCUAACUAAGAGUCAAUGGCAACAAGAUGUAGAUGAUGCCAACACUGCAAUAUGCAAAUUGACAAUGGCUGGCCCUCGCUCUGUAAAACCAACCCCACCACGUGUUCCAUCAUGCCAUGUGAUACAAAUACCAGCCAAUACAUUUACGGUUCUUCCCUGCAAGCUGCGAUCUAACUUGGCUGAGAGGCGAUGGGAGUACAGUCACACCGCCGAGCGAUUCGUCUAUCCUAGUCCUGACGGCGGGCUGGUGGUUGUAGCCCAAGUGGAGAGGGAGGAGAUCUACCAAUGUUGGUCAGAAGAAGGUGGCUACCAACAACUUCUGGCCAAUUAUUGCGUCAAAGCAGAUCACGAAAGCACCACUCUGAUUGGACGUUCCCGAACGCAGUUUGUACCCCAAGGGGAAGCCAUUAUCCUGCCCGGGGAAACAUGGUCGCCAGAAAAAACCAAAACGUACUGGAAUGAGUUGAUUGUUGUGUGUGGCUUACUCGUGUUUUCCCUGGUGGUCCUGUCGCUGUUCGUGGCAUACAGGAACCGAGACAGGAUGAAGUCCAUGCUGAAGGAAGGUGAGUGCCCCAACAUGCAACAGAAGAAAGCGCGAAUUCCAGGGAAGCACACGGAAAGCCUUCCAUUAAAUGGCAACAACAUCCCGCCCUCAGUGUCUGACCACAAGGGCUACCAGGCGCUCAAUGAUAACUACAUCUGCAGCACUCCCACCCACGAGUGCUCCUCACCCGAGAACAGCAAGAGCUUCUCCGAAUCCGAAAAGAGACUGUUGAACUUAAAGGAGAGCCACGUUGAGAUCUCACCGACUUGCCAGCGGCCUCGAGUGCGGCUGGGCUCGGAGAUCAAAGACUCGAUCGUUUAGGUCUGUUUGGGUGGAAUGUUUAAAAAAAGAGUGGCCUCUGAACUGAACAGCACCAAGGGAGGGACAGACCGAAAAUGACUGGAAACGUACCAUCACUGGGUUUUAUUUUGCACUUCGUCUCCUCUCAUUUUGUCUUGGUGAUCUGUUCACAUUUCUCAGUCACUGCCAAGUCUGUGAAGCACCCAGAGCCACGCCGAGUGGGACGCAGGACACUUUGAAAAAAGAAUGGUGGGCAUCGCGAGGCUCGCCGAUCCAGUCGUCCCGCCCGGUCCGUCCAAAAAUGUCUGGUGGCAUCUGUGUGAAAGCAAUACGAUGCCCUCAGGGUUCAUUAACCUGUCAUGCUCCCAUCUCAUCCCUGCAGCAUAGAGGUGGUCACCCUGUGACCGAGAAGACAAAAUUUCUAACUUAAGUCAACAAUAGAGUCUCUGCUAAACAUAGUGCCUGAAGUGAGAUGAUUAGCUGACAUUUCAACACAAUAUAAGGCAUAGUGGUGCAUCAAAAGCUUUGAUGAUAUAUGCGAAACCUUUGCAGAGUAUAUCAUCACGACCUCAGCUCAUAGCAGCCAUACUAUGCAAAUCACAUAAAGGAGAAGUGUCUUGUAGAGAGCUAACAAACAGCAUUCGACUGUCUUAGAACAAUAAGUGAUGCCACGACCUCAGUAUUCUACACAGCUUCUCCUUGGUACACACGUUAAAUAAAGUAUGCAAGUGAGAUUGAGGCAUAUUCAGUUAAGAGCCCGCAGGGGGGUUUCAGUGUAUAGAGAACUCCAAAGAAGGCAUGUUAGCAAUACUAGGAGUAUGUCCAAGGCACAGAUUACAUUCUGAAGAUGCAGGAACUUGAAUAUCUCUGUUCCUUAUACCCCAAAUCAAAACCAGUUGCUACCAUUGAUAUACCAGUUAAAGACCAGUGGUUCUCAACCUUUUUGACUCCAAAGCCCCUCAUAGUCCACAAGAUCAUUUGGGGAGGCCACUUUUCCAGUUGUCCAUUAUUUAAUAUUCAUAAUUUCUAUCUGAUAAAAUUCUAUAUAUUCAAUAGAAAAAUGCACAUGGAGUUUUUAUUAAAUUACUUUACCUUUCCAGGUCUAGAAAUCUAGAAAAUUAAAUGAGGCUUUCUUUUUUUUUUUUUUUCUCUAUAUCUAAGGUAAUUCUGGUUCAGUAGUUUGGUUUAGUAGUAAUUUUGAGAACCACUGAUUUAAAGGGAUAGUUCAUGCACAAAUUGAAAUUAUGUCAUAGUUUACUCACCCUACAAAUGUCAAAUGAAAGUCAAUGGUUUCUAGUUUUUGACCCCACUUGGACAAAUAUAUUUCAAACAUUCUUCAAGAUAUAUGUAUUUGUGUUCAAGAAAAAAAAAAAAGUCAUACAAGUUUGGGACAAUAUAUGAGAGUGAGUAAAUGAUGACAGUUUUCAAUUUGAGUUGAACUUGAAUUAGUGCAUACUACAAUGAAUGGAAGUGACUAAACGUCUCUAGGUUGUUUACUGAUUCAAAUUGGUUGUUGUGCCAAAUUUUUUUUAGUGAUUAAUUUCAGAUCUCUUUGGAUCUGUCAAGAACUAUGUUCUCUUGACUCGAAAGUGUACUUUUUUCAAAUUGAAGACAAUAAUUGCCAUGUUGUAAAUUCGAAAGAUGAAUUUGCAUUCGGACAGAAUGAAAACGUGUGGUUAAGACUUUACAUGCCAAUUUUAUGAGAUCAAUGCUACCGAAGAGUGUAAAGUGACCAGCAGAUUUUUUUUUCCAUGAAAAAGUGCCAUGUUCACUCUAACACCUCAAGUCAAAGCAGGCUAACAGAUGUUUUUGGGUGGGAGCAAUGACAUAUUUGUAUAUGAAUCAGCCCGUAACGUUAUAAAUUGUCAGCUGCAAGAGUGUGAUAUAAAAAAGUACUGUGCUUGGCUGCUGCAAAGCUCUGGGUAUCGAAACCACAAAACAAAACACAAAUGUAAGUUACUAUAGCAUAGAAUCAACAUAAGGAUCCAUGUAAAAAUGUAUAUUAACAACAAACACACACACAAAAUAAAAUAUAUAAAAAAGUAAAAUUCCAGUAAAAUUCCCAAAGACAAGCAUUGUAUAUUGCACCACAAAUGUGCGUAAUAUUUCAUCGCCAUUGAUCUUUAAAGAACACACAGACAUCUGUAUUGUGAAUGUAGUUAUGUGUUGAUUGAAAGUGUUCCAAAAUGAUUCUUUCAAUAGAAGCAUUGUGUCUUAUUUAAAUUUGUGCUGAAUGUUUGAAAACGGGAGAGUUACUUUUCCAUGAUCUGAUGGACUUUGAUCACAAAGUUGUAUAAUUGUAUUUGUAAGGGGAAGUAGUGAAUGAUUUUUAAUGAUUUUGACAUUGAUUUUUUUUUUUUUUUUUUUUUUUUACAGACUGCAUUACAAUUCUUUUUUUCCUGUUAUAUUUGCACAGAACGUGGAAAUGGUUCGAAGCAAAAUGUCUGGGAAUCACUGUUCUCUUGACAUUGCUGUAGCAAGUACCAGUUGAAUGGUUUUGUUAAUGCCUCCGAGCUAGAUUUUGUGACUCAAGGGGUAUGCGGGAAAACAAAUGUAAUCUUGUAGCCUUUUUGUGAUUCAAACACGUGAACAAAAAGCAAACCUCACAUGCAUGUCUGCUCUGGUGGACUACAAAGUAGGAUUACCUAGUACAUGUAAAGUCGCAAACCACUGUAUAUUGAAUGGUCGUCUGUGCAACAGUCCACUGCAAGAGUAUGUCUCCACUGUGCUAAUUAAUAUCUACAGAGGUCCCCUUAUAUAUAUAUAUAUAUAUAUAUAUAUAUAUAUAUAUAUAUAUAUAUAUAUAUAUAUAUAUAUAUAUAUAUAUAUAUAUUACACACACACACACAAAACAUUUACCGACUAUAUUUAAAGCACAAAAAAUAAAAUGUAUUUGUAAUAUUCUAUAACUGUUUUACAUAUACUCAGACCUCUGUUUGAAAAUCACUUUCAAAAUAUCAUGCAAAAAUAAUAAAAAAUGUUAGCAAAUUUGCUUAUGCUUUUCAGUACAUCUUCUAAUUAUUAUCACUAGCGUGCCGUUUUACAGAGUAGACAAUGUGAAAACUUCACUGUACAUCAGCUGCUACCUACAAGCGGUAGAUUUAGUCAUGUAUAGAUAGUCAUAUAGUCCCAUAUUUCAGUGCUAUACUGAUUCAGACAUAAGAGUUACUGGACUGUAGAAGUCUGCUACACUCUUAAAUGCUCAGAUACAUUCUUUAUAAUGGCACACCAAGAUGCUCUGAACUAUUGUAAGUUAAUGUCUUGUAAACUUUAAUGUAAAGGUGUAUUUGUACAUUUUGCUGCCAAUGUAAAGAGAAAAAAAUCUGUUGUAAAAGGUGUUUUUUUUUUUUUUUUUGUAUUAUACAUCACUACUGUUUUGUUGUUUUUAUUAUAUUGUAAAUAAAAGCACUUUAAGUUUAAUUUUUUAAAUAAAUGAAAUAAACCCA